AUGGGCUACACACAUUCACCAAAAGAGCCCAUAGCCAUCAUCGGCAGCGGGUGCCGCUUCCCGGGAGAUGCAACAUCUCCUUCAAAGCUAUGGGACUUGCUUCACUCACCACGGGAGCUCACUAGAGAAGUUCCCGUAGAAACACGUUUCAACGCCCAAGGCUUCUACAAUGUCGAUGGCGAGCGUCACGGUGCCAGCAACGCAAUCAAAUCAUACUUCAUUGAGGAAGACCCACGGCACUUCGAUGCUGGAUUUUUCAGUAUCGCACCACACGAGGCUGAAUCGAUCGAUCCGCAGCAGAGAUUGCUGCUUGAAACAGUGUACGAGGCUAUGGAGAAUGCAGGACUUACACUACAUGGGAUGAGAGGAAGCGAGACUUCAGCUUAUAUGGGUGCCAUGUCGGCCGAUUACACGGAUACGCAGCUUAGAGAUGUUGAAAAUAUCUCCAAGUACAUGAUCACAGGAACCUCACGCGCCCUUCUGUCAAAUCGAUUAUCCUACUUCUUUGACUGGAAAGGACCAUCCAUCUCCGUUGACACAGCAUGCUCUUCCAGUUUGGCAGCCGUCCAUCUUGGUGUUCAAGCUUUGCGAGCAGGCGAGUGUAAAAUCUCCUGCGCGGGCGGUUCCAACUUGAUCUUAGGACCAGACUGUUAUCUUGCAGCCACGAGUCUUCAUUUGCUUUCGCCUUCUGGUAGGUCUCAGAUGUGGGAUGUGGGCGCCGACGGAUAUGCGCGAGGUGAAGGCGUUUGUGUCUUCUUCAUGAAGACGCUAUCCCAGGCUUUGAAAGACGGAGAUCGAAUUGACGCACUCAUCCGCGAAACGUGUGUGAACUCGGAUGGUCGAACGAAGGGUAUCGCGAUGCCCAGCGCUGAGGCGCAGGCCUCAUUAAUGAGGACUGCGUAUAGAAAUGCUGGUCUUGACCUGUCAAAGGCUGAAGAUCGGCCACAGUACAUCGAGGCGCACGGUACCGGCACACAGGCUGGAGACCCCAGGGAGGCAUUUGCCAUAAGCAGCACGUUCUUCCCAUCUGACCAAGAGCACGAUCAUAGGCCCAAGCUCGUCGUUGGGUCAAUCAAGACCAUCAUUGGUCAUACUGAAGGCUGUGCUGGCAUCGCCGGACUAUUGAAGACGCUCCUGGCAAUGCGGCACAAUACCAUCCCUCCAAAUCAACAUUUCCACAACCUUAACCCCAGCGUGAAGCCUUCUUUCAAACACCUUUCAAUCGCCACUACACCAGAAGCUUGGCCUACAGUGCCUGCUGAUACCCCGUUGCGGGCAAGCGUCAAUGGUUUUGGCUCCGGAGGCACAAAUUGUCACGCCAUUAUGGAAAGCUACGUUUCUGAGAUUCACGACCAUGGUCCGUGGGGAAAGCCACAAGAGCUGCGCGAACUCCCAGCUCCAGUCACACCAGAGGUUGACUUUUCCUCCAUUCCCCUCCUGUUUUCAGCUAGCUCAGAGUCAGCUCUGGUCGCUAUGCUUGGGAGGUAUGCGGAAUACCUGGAAAAGACUGAUGUCUCUAUUCAACGUCUGGCCAUGACACUCAACUCUCGCCGGUCAACUUUACCUGUUAGGAUAUCAAUCCCAGGAACCUCGAAGAAGGCUGUGCUUGAAGCGAUCCAGAAGCAACUUGCUAAAAGCCGCGUGGGUCCUGGAGCAGAAAUUGGCACUCGAUCCUCCCUCCCGGAGUUUGAUCAGAUCAGACGCCCUAAAAUUCUGGGUGUCUUCACUGGUCAAGGCGCCCAAUGGGCGGGCAUGGGUCAAGAUCUUAUGGAGAAAUGUGCACUGUUCAGAGAAACCAUCGAGAUGAUGGAAAAGGCAAUGGCACGGCUCCCAGAUGGACCAGAAUGGUCUCUGAAAGAGGAGAUAAUGAAGCCACCAAGUACAUCGCGACUGGGUGAAUCUGAAAUAUCGCUGCCUAUAUGCGCAGCCCUCCAGGUUGGCCUUGUGCGUGUACUCUGGAAGGCAGGAAUAUCUUUCAGCAUGGUCGUCGGCCAUUCUGGUGGCGAGAUUGGCUCUGCUUAUGCUGCCGGCAAGAUUAACGAGGCCGAUGCUGUCAAGAUUGCCUACUACCGCGGUGUGUACGCGAAACUCGCGAUCGGCAAAAAUGGCAAGAAGGGAGCCAUGAUUGCUGUUGGAUUCGGUUACGAAGAGGGUCUCAACUUCUGCACAACUCCGCAGUUCGCCGACCGUCUUACUGUUGCGGCCAGUAAUUCGCCCAAAAGUGUGACGCUUUCUGGUGAUGAAGAUGCUGUUCAAGAGGCUAAAGAGCUGCUUGAUGGCGAAGGCUUGUUCAAUCGUGUUCUCAGGCUCGAUACGGCUUACCAUUCGCCUCAUAUGUACCCUUGCGCGGAGCCUUAUCUGGCAGCGAUCGAGCGCUGCGGUAUUGUGACCGGCAAAGCUACUGGAACUGCUUGGGCAUCCAGUGUGUACGAUGACAAUAGAAUGAUCACUGAGGCUGAGGAUACGGAUAUGCAAGCGGCUUACUGGAAAGACAACCUCAUAGGCCGGGUCCUGUUUUCGCAAGCAGUUGAGCGCGCUUUGGAUGAAGGUAACGGUAAGUUCGACCUUGCCCUUGAAGUUGGGCCGCACCCUUCUUUGAAAGGUCCUACUCUGGAGACCAUCAGACAUAUACUUGGCUCGGAUAUCCCCUAUUCUGGCGUCUUGGAUCGAAAGUCGGACGACAUCUCUGCGCUUAGUGCUGCUCUUGGAUUUUCCUGGAUGACGUUGGGAUCUGGCGUCGUCGACUUCGGUGGCUACGCUUCCGCAUUUGAUCCGAGCAAUGCUGUCAUUAAUGCGAUUGCUCUGCCAGACCUACCGACAUAUCCAUGGGAUCAUAAGAAGAUUUUGUGGCGCGAGUCCAGACUCAACAAAAACAUUCGCCACAGAGUAGAUCCGCCUCACGCGUUGCUUGGUAGCAGAACCCCCGACGAUACGGAAUAUGAGCCCAGGUGGCGAAACUUUCUCAUACUUGAUGAGUUGCCUUGGCUACGAGAUCAUAGCGUCCAGAACCAGAUCAUCGUUCCUGCAGCCACCUACUGCGUAAUGGCGCUAGAGGCUGCUAAGGUUCUUUGCAAAGGGAAGGACGUACUGAGUAUUGAGCUUUUGAAUGUUGCAAUUCUACGCCCAAUUGUCCUGGACGAGUCCUCAGAUGGCACCGAGACCUUGUUUUCUUUGCGUAGUGAUCUUGACUCUAACAAGAUCAAGGGCGAGAUUCAAGCCCAGUUUAGCCUCAAUACUGGCGCGAUGGAGGAUAGAAAUUUGAGAACUGCUGCCACUGGUCAAAUUCGCAUCAUUCUUGCUGGAGACGACCCUGAUUCAUCAGUUCUACCUCCCUCUCGACCAUCCCAGCCACAGUCCGAGCUACUGCCAACUAGCGUCAAUCGAUUCUAUGAGUCGUUGGGAGAGGUGGGAUUGAGCUAUAGCGGACUGUUCAGGGCUAUGACUUCCAUGAAAAGGCGUUUGAAUAUUGCGUCUGCUACUAUUGCUGUAGAUCAAGAUCUCACCGAGAACAUUCCUGUUCAUCCAACUUGGCUCGACGCCUGCUUCCAGACCUUCCUUGCUGCGUUUGCCGCGCCUCGAGACAACUCGCUGUGGACACCCUUCCUUCCCACUACGAUCGGUCGAAUGGCUUUCAAUCCAUCAAGUAGCUUCGGAGGUCCGGCCGCUUCGGUGACUGUACACUCAAAUAUCACCGAGUUCAAGCCUGGUUAUCAGGCAGCAUUGCCAACACUGACUGGUGAUAUGACUAUUUAUAACUCCAAGACUAAUCAACUAGAGAUUAAGAUCGAAGACUUUGUUAUGAGCUCCUUCCUUCCUGCUACCGAGAAGGAUGAUAGAAGAUUUUAUCUGAAGAAUGUAUGGGGACAGGAAAUUACUUCUGGAGCUCUAUGUGCAUCCGAGCAAUAUUCCGCCCCUGAAAGCGAGUUAAAGGUCAUUGAUGCCUGUGAAAAGGCAAUUCAAUACUAUCUAUCCAAGCUUAAGGCAUCUGAUUCCUUCAGUGGGAUGGCUGAGAAAAGCCCCGGCUUGCUUUCUCUGAUCAACGAGCUUGCAGCUCGUAAUACCAGCAUACCGACUCGAUCUGAUAUUAUUUCAAUCCUAGGAGAAGUCGGAAACCACAUAGAUGUUACUCUAGUCCGAACAAUCGGCGAGGGUCUCCUUAACUCUUCAACUGAGGGCCUUGGCCUAGUUAGCGCCGAAGCUACACCGGCAUCUAUGGGUGCUCUUGAGUCCCGAUGGCACGAGGAGGGCUUAGGUUUCUCGCAACUUCAGAAGCAUAUUGUUAGCGCAGCCAAACAAAUUUCCCACCAGCAUUCAAACUUGAGAGUUCUCCAAGUUGGCCCAUCUUCCCCCAGCCUCGUACGCUCGGUUUGCCGAGAGCUCGGCCGUGGCUUAGAGACAUAUACCGUUAUUGAUGAUUCUGAGCAUAAACUUGAAGAAAUCAAAACCGCUCUAGCUACAAAUCAGCUAAGAGUCAACUUUAAGCAGCUCGAUGUUGAGAAUGGGACUGUUGAGGUUGAUGAUCUCCUCAGCGCUGGUUUCUUUGACCUGGUAAUUGUUCAUAAGGCUUUUACCAAACGGAUGACUGCGUUGAAGACUAUCCGAAGUCUGUUGCGACCGGGAGGCUUUAUGCUGAUGAUGGCUGCGACUGGUACCCAGCUUCGCUUCCCCUUUUUCUUGCUGUCCGCCACGCCUCCACUUAGUGAAGAAGAUGGUUCAGCUCAGCAGAAGCUUACCAACCUUACGCGCGAGGAAACUCACAGUAUCCUUAAAGAGGCUGGAUUCUCUGGAGUUGACUCUAUUGCUCUUGACAACUCACCUGAGAAGCACACAUUCUCUGUUGUUGUGUCUCAGGCGCUGGAUGACCAAAUCAGGUUCUUGAGAGAUCCACUGGCAUAUCCUUCGCCCGUUACUUUGAGCGGAAAUAUUCUGGUCGUGGGCGGUGCCUCGCCGAAGAUUGCCGAACUUGUUAAAGGUAUUAAAUCCAAGAUUUCGGGUGUCUGGCAGGGAGAAAUCGUCACUGUACAGUCGCUCGCUGAGCUGACUGGUGAGGCAAACGAUGUUGAGGCUGUUCUGAGUCUGACUGAACUUGAUCGCCCUGUUCUGAAGGACAUCAGUGUUCCCACCUUUAAAGGCCUACAGAAACUUCUGGCAACGACCGAGACAGUUCUGUGGGUCACUCAGAGUGCCGAAGCUGCCAAUCCUUACCAAAAUGCUACCAUUGGCCUUGGUCGAUCAUUCCAGUCUGAGAAUCCCCAUAAGCUGCUCCAAUUCCUUGACCUGGAUACGCUUGAUGGAGUCGAGUCAGUUAUCGCAGAAAGUUUACUAAAGCUAAUCGGCGGCGCUAUCAUGAAAAACAACGGCCCCAAGGACACCUAUAUGUGGAAUAUUGAGCCAGAAAUCUCCAUUGUGAACAAUAAACUCCUUAUUCCAAGGUUGUUCCCUGAUGGAGCCCGGAACGAUCGCCUUAAUGCUCUCAAGCGUAAAGUGGAGACUCAAACGACUAUCGAAAGACAGCCUGUUGCCAUCAUCAAGUCUGUACAGAGCACCGGGGAAGCUCUUUAUUCUGCUGAGGUACUCCAUCGCCAUAGUGAGUUGACAGCGAACGCAGAACAAGUUACUAUUCAAGUAGAAUAUUGCUCUAUGGACCCUGUUUUUCCUAAUAUCGACGAUGAGGAUCUCUUCUGCUGUAUUGGUCGCACGUUAGAAGGGACGCAAGUGUUGGCCCUAUCAGCUUCUAACGCCUCCGUCGUCAAAGUUCCAAGUGCAUGGAGCAUCAAACUCGACAGGGGCACGCCACAGAGUGGUGCUUCCCUACCCUUCGUCAUCGAGCUGUUGAAUGAGAUCAAGUCGCGCGUUAUCGCGAAGUCUAUUCCCCCAGGAUUCACUACGCUGAUUUACGAGCCUGAUGCUCAUCUGGCUGCUUCUCUGCAGAAACAAGGUCAACAAGGCAUUUCGUUCGUCAGUCACCAAGCCCACACAGCAUAUAGAGUUCCGGACAAUCACAUUUUUAUUGAGCCGCAUUCUUCUAGAAAGGAGGUGCAGGCGAAGCUAUCCCCCAAGACUAGGAUGCUCAUUCACAUGGGCCGUGGGACUGACACACGCAAGUUUUCGACUCUCCUGAACGCUCUUCCAACCCACGCUGUUCUUGUUGCCUUUAACGACCUUGCCGCUCACGAUAUCAAUCCUCAUGAACUUCUUUCAGAUGCCUUAAUAUCUAUACAGCGUAAUUCUUCGACAUCGACGACUAUUCUAUUCGAUGGCAAUAGUGUGAUUAAAGCCUCUGCGUUAGUUGCAGGGGGCGCCAAGGAACAAUCCAACGCUGCUGUCAUUGACUGGACAGACGAUCGGAUUAUCACUCUUAGCCAGAGACCCGUGGACACUCGCAAUUUGUUCUCUCAGGCCAAGACUUAUCUGCUUGUCGGUCUUACUGGACAAAUCGGUCAGUCUAUGUGUCGCUGGAUGGUAGAAAACGGUGCUCGACAUAUUGUCGUCACAAGUCGAAACCCUGAGAAGGAGGCACUUUGGAAGGAUGAGUUGCUUAGAGAAGGUGCCAAUAUCGCUAUUGAAGCCGCUGAUGUUACAAACGAGCAGCAUCUUGCAGAGCUACGCACUCGCAUUCUUAGCUCCAUGCCUCCAAUCGGUGGCAUUGCUAAUGGUGCAAUGGUAUUGUCUGACAAAAUGUUUACUGACAUGUCAUUUGAGGAUUUCCAGACUGCGAUGAGGCCUAAAGUAGCUGGCUCAAUUUACUUGGAGGAGGUUUUCGCUGGCGAUGACCUUGACUUCUUCUUGCUCUUCUCGUCAAUCUCGGUAAUGACGGGCCAGCGAACCCAAGCUAACUAUGCUGCUGCAAACAAUUUUAUGGUUGGCAUGGCUAAACAGCGACGAGCCCGCGGCCUUCCUGCCUCAGUUAUUGAUAUUGGCAUGGUCAUCGGGAUUGGUGUCAUUCAGAGAUCCCAGAAUGACGAGGGUAUCAGCAAGUUGGAGAAUUCCAUCCGACAGAUGGACUACAUGCCUGUGUCUGAACGCGAUUUGCAUCACCUCCUAGCUGAAGCAAUCCUUGUCGGCAAGAGUGACGAGUCUCCAGAGCUCAUCACCGGAUUAGAGUCGUACAACAUCGGCUCUGGAAACAACCCCUUCUGGCACCAGAAUUUGCGCUUCUCACAUCUCAUUACGGAUCCUGAUUCCGCACCAGUUGGCGCGGGCUCUCUAAGCAGCGAUCAGAAAUCUCUGAAGGAGAUGCUGGUGGAUGCUGGUAGACCAGAAGAAGCGAUAAAAGUCAUGGAAGACGCUCUAUUAGGAUAUCUAGCCUCUUCACUGAAACUGCCACUCGAGAGCAUCUUCACAGAUGUGCCCCUGAUUGACCUAGGCAUUGACUCACUAGUAGCCGUCCAGAUCCGGAACUGGAUCUACGUGGAAACUGAAUAUGAUGUUCCUGUAUUGAAAAUUCUUGGUGGAUCAUCUGUCAAACAGAUCUGCGAGGAGAUGGUCUCAUCACUCUCUUUUGACAAGAAGCCUGCGACAAGUCCCAAACUCAAGGCUCAAGUAGGUCCAGGCCAGAAGUCUCGCCCUUGGGACAAGCCACUAGACGAUACAGCAACCCCAAAUCCAAAAAUCGUCACAAAUGGCAAACAAGGUCUGCCGAAUGGUACAUCCCGAACUUCAGGAGCCUCCCAGAAGUCAAACUCACUUCGGAGAGGUCAAGCCCAAGUCGCUAAAGCCCUUCGCCCACGCCCAAUCCACACACAGCCAUUGUCAUUAGGCCAGUCACGACUCUACUUUCUGUCACAGUAUCUGGACGAUGAUACCGUUUUGAACUGCGCCAUAUCUUACUCACUCUCCGGAAAGUUGGAUAUGGCCAAAUUGGAGAAGUCGAUCGAGGCAGUUGUUCAACACCAUGAGACUCUCCGCACCUUGUUCUACACGGAUGAGCAGCAAGGAAUGCCCAUGCAGGGCAUACUCGAGAAGUCAGCUUUCAAACUCAAGGUUGUGCCUGGCAUCAGUGAUUCAUCACGCAUUAAGGAUGAGUUCGACUUGGUGCACAAUUAUCACUACAAUCUCGAGAUGGGGGAUACGUUCGUCGCUACCAUCCUGUCACACUGCGACGAUUCUCAUACCAUCAUUUUUGGAUACCAUCAUAUAAUUAUGGACGGUGUCAGCUGGCAAAUAUUCCAGCAAGACUUGGCCAAAUUUUACAAUGACCCAAGCUCAAUUGCAUCAUCCAAAUCUCUGCCGACUCAAUACGUCGAAUUCACUAAGAAGCAACAACGAGACUUGGCCACUGGAGCAUACGCUGAGAGACUCAAGUUCUUCCAAGAUGAGUUCCGCGAGCCCGUUGACCCGUUGCCACUCUUCCCCUUUGCUAAAGUCGGCACGCGAAAAGCUAUGAAGCAGUACGCAGUUCAAGAGGUUGUCUCGCACCUGAACGCCGAUGUGGUGAGCGCAAUCAAAAAGGCGAGCCAGACCUCUCGUACCACCUCUGUCCAUUUCUUCCUCUCCGCUUUCCAGGUCCUACUCCAUCGACUCCUGGAUACUAAGGAAAUGUGUAUCGGCGUGGUAGAUGCCAACCGGUCUGACCAGAAAUUUACGAACACUAUAGGGUUUUUCUUAGAAACUAUCCCCUUCUUGUUCAAGGUCGACAGGGAGCAAAAGUUCGUCAACCUGCUUCAAGCCACUCGCAGCAAAGUGUAUGCUGCAUUUGCACAGACUGGGGUUCCCACUGAGGAGAUUCUACGAGCAUGCGGUAUCCCGGCGUCGACGACUGAAACGCCGCUCUUCCAGAUAUGCUUCAACUACCGCAUGGGAGCUAGUCACACCUCUCCGCUCCAAGGAGUGGAGAUGAAGUUCCUGGACUAUGUUGACGCCAAAAAUCCGUUCGACCUUGUCGUAUCUGUCGAUGAGCUAGACGAUGGUACUGCUAUGCUUACCCUCUACCUACAAGACUACCUGUACGACCGGGAGGGUGCUCAACUGCUUGCCAGUACAUACGCGCGCAUGCUUGAAGUAUUAUCUAAGGACACGGAUAGCAUAGUUGGUACCGUUCCCAUUUCCAAUGAGGAUUUGACGCAGAAGGCCGUUGAGCUCGGUACCGGGCCGACAUUAGACCUUACAUCCCCUUCCGCCGGCACAUUGUCAAAGAUCAUCAACACUUGGAUAGACAAAGACCCCAACGCUAUCGCAGUCAGAGAUAUCAGUGGCAACUCAAAGACAUACUUGCAACUAUCUGAAAGGGCCAAUGCCAUUGCAGCAGCUCUGAUUAAUGCUGGUGGUGUGCCUUCGAUCCCCAUUGGUGUCCUACUCGAGCCUGGUGUUGACACGAUUGCCGCUAUCCUCGCUAUUCUCCGCAUUGGAGCUACAUACGUACCACUGGAUACUCGAACCGCGGAUACAGUACUUUCUGAUAUCCUGAAAGAAUCUCGCCCAGCAAUUUUACUUUAUCACGCCGCAACUAUCCAACGAGCCAAGAAGCUUCAUAGAGGCUCUCCCACAGCCAAGCUCGUCCCUCUAACUGCGGUGCCGCAGAGAACUGCACGAAACAUCGAAGAUGUGUCAGCUCUAGAUGGCCUUGCGAUCAUCUUGUACACCAGUGGUUCCACUGGUAAACCCAAGGGAAUCCUGCUCACCAACGCCAAUAUUCGAACCCCCAUCCUUAGUGUCUCGGAGAGAGUUCCACUUGGACGAGAAGUCGUGCUCCAGCAAAGUGGACAAGGGUUUGACGCUGCAAUCUACCAGAUUUUCAUUGCACUUGCCAAUGGCGGUACCUUGAUCAUGGCUGAUAAUCGAGAUGAUCCUGCAAAACUUGCCGCUUUGAUGGCCCACGCGGCUGUCACUUGCACCACCGUCAUUGUCUCGGAGAUGCAAUCUUUGUUGAAGUACGGAUACGAUCAACUUCGCACCUGCUCUUCAUGGCGUAUUGCUAUGGUCGCCGGUGAAACGUUCACGGUCAACCUGCUAGAUCAGUUUCGCAGUCUCAACCGACCUGACUUGAAGGUCAUCAACGCGUAUGGUCCGACUGAAGCGUCCAUCUGCUCUUCCAUGAGUGAAGUUUCGUUCAGGGACAUCCACUCAAAUGAUGUUAGCAUUCCGAUCGGAAAGGCAAUUGCGAAUUACGGAACUUACAUUGUGGAUCAGGAUUGUAAGCCUGUUCCCCUUGGUUGGCCUGGUGAAAUUGCGAUCGCUGGGCCUGGUGUUGCGACUGGGUAUCUCAACCUACCCGAGCUUACUCAAAGUAAAUUCAAGAGUCAAACUUCUCUCCCAUCGGUCUCUGGAUCAGACAAUAUUUAUCUUACUGGGGACAAAGGUCGAAUGCUCUCUGACGGCUCCAUCAUCAUCUCCGGGCGCGUGGAUGGAGACAAUCAGGUUAAGAUCAGAGGAAUGCGUGUCCAACUCGAUGAUGUCUCCAGAACUCUUGUUCAAGCAUCUCGAGGCAUUCUGGCGGAUGCAGCUGUUCUACUGCGAGGCAGUGAUCCCGCAAAUCAGCAGCUUGUCGCAUACGUCGUCUUCUCCAGAACCAGCCAAGUUCAGGACACGCAGUUAUAUCUCCGUCAACUCAGCCAGGAACUUCCAGUCCCAGCAUACAUGCGUCCAGCAAUCUCCGUCCCUCUAGAUACUCUCCCAGUGACAGAACGUGGCAAGCUCGACACCAAGAAGCUGGCUUCUUUGGCUCUGCCCAAGGUUUCUAUUAACGAAGAGACAGACGAGCAGCUUACUGUGACAGAGGUGCGAUUGCGAGACGUUUGGAGAAAUGUCUUGGGCGAGAUUUCUUCAUUCAUUCCCAUCCGUCGCAGCUCCGACUUCUUUUCAGUUGGCGGUAACUCCCUACUACUGCUACCUCUCAAAGCUGAGAUUUGGAAGGAUUUUGCAGUUGAAAUUUCAGUACCCGAACUGUUCCAGACCAGCACACUCGAGCUGCUCGCUGCACGACUCGCUGGUACUUCUUUGUUAGCACAGGUCAACUGGGAUGAGGAAACGGAACUGGACGAGACGUUAUUCACACAACCCCUCUCUACAAAUGGAGCCAAUGGACACGAGAGGUCGAAUGGCAACAGCAAGGGAAUUUCUGUUCUCCUCACCGGCGCCACUGGCUUUCUGGGAGGUGGGAUUUUACGCCAGCUAGUCGAACUGCCGGAUGUUGCACAUGUUCACUGUGCAGCCAUUCGCGCCGACAACCAAGGCGAUUCUCGACCACUAAGCAUAGAAUCUCCCAAGAUCAUCCGUCAUUUAGGUGAUCUAGCUUUGCCAAAUCUGGGCAUGAGUCAGUCUGAAAUCUCCGAUCUACUCAAAGGCAUCGACGUCAUCAUUCACAACGGCGCGGAGGUGUCGCACAUGAAGCACUACCGUAGCUUGCGAGCUACCAACUUCCUAUCUACAGUUGAACUUGCACGGUUGGCCGUGAGCCACAACAUCCCCAUCCACUAUAUUUCCACCGGAGGUAUUGCACGUCUCAGCGGCGCCGAUGAGCAGCCCGAAUCCUCUCUCGCGGCGUUCCACCCGCCGGUCGACGGGUCAGACGGAUACGUGGCAUCCAAAUGGGCAAGCGAGGUGAUACUCGAAAAGGUCCAAAAACGCUUCGAGGGUAAAGUAUGGAUCCAUCGACCUAGCAGCAUCACUGGUGAAAAUGUUCCAGCCCUGGAUGUUGUGCACAGUUUGCUCAAGUUCUCUGGAGAGAUCAAAGCUGUGCCUGAUCUUACGGGCUCCACCGGAUAUUUCGACUUUAUCAAUCUCGAAACUGUUUCGAAGCACAUUGCUACUUCCACCGUGAACAGCACGAACGAGGAGAGCGGUCUAACCUACAUCCACCAGAGUGGCGAGCGAAUUAUUCCUGUUGACAAACUAAAAGAGUAUGUUGAAGAACUAGAAAGCCAGUCAUUGGAGGUUUUGCCUUUAGAGGAAUGGGUAGCUAUGGCGAUUAAAAAAGAUUUAGAUGAAGUUUUGGGUUCCCUCAUGCUAGCUUCUAAGGGGGUAAUUCGAGCGCCACUGUUGCAAAAGAGUGGUAGGAUCGAUUAA